AUGGAGGCACGGACAUUGCUAGGCCCGGGAUGGACACUCGAGGACUUGCUGUAUGCCCCGCCAGCAAUCGCAGCUCUGUCAGUGGUCUACCUCUCGGCAAAGCUACUGCAGGUAUUCUUUUCAAAGAAAAAGAGCAAAGACGAGUUAAUUUUGGCAGACGCCGGUCAUCCUACGGCCGGUCUGUUGGAAAGGCCCUCUGGCUUUCUGGAGAUUUUGGAUGCAUUCGACGGUCCCAUCAUCGUGCUAUGCAGAUUUGUCAGGCUGCUGUUACUGUUCGCACUUCUUUCGCUCGAGGUGUUCAUGUGUAGUACAGGCGAACCGUUCUAUACCAUUGGUCUAGCAGUUGCUUCAAUCUGCACUUCAUCACGAUGGAGAGACAUAACUUCUCACCAGCUGGCUUUACUCCUCUUCGCCGACUUCAUUGCCUAUUUUAUUCUUGAUGCGUGGCCUUACGCGACGAUUGAAGGAAAACCUCGUGAUUCGCCCUCACAGGUUGCAACAUGGUCCCGUUUGAUCCUCCUUACCCUAAGCGGAUUGAUUGUUCCUUUGGCAAUGCCUCGUCCUUUCCGUCCAUCCAUGCCUGGUGCAGAACCGAGUGCAUCAGAGACAGCAAGUCUUUUCUCGUGUUACACCUUUUCUUAUCUCGAUGGCAUAAUUUUAUAUGCAACUCGUGUUCCGGAUGUCACAGUCAAGGACAUGCCUCAAAUACCCGCUCAGGGCAGGAUUGAGGCUCUUGCUGAGCGUGUUCUAUCGUUGCUCGACCUAUUACGGAACGGAAAGCGGCAUUUUCUGUGGGGAGUAUUUCGUGUUUGGGGCAAAGAUUACUUGAUUUUGAACUUGAUAUGGGGUGCAAAUGCUAUAGUAUAUAUGGAAACAGGGGUUUCACCUUAUAAUCUGAAACCCUGGGUGUGGGUCAUUGCUCGUGUGAUUGUCGAGAAUUCGAGCGCCUUCACGUAUAUUGUCUUUCAUCACGCUUUGCGCAUUAGGCUCAGAUCCAACGCACUCGACUCAGAUGAGAAAGGAGAGAAAGGAAACACAGCAACGCCUUCAGUGACGAACGCGGAGGAAGCUAGUGCAGAGAACUCGGAUGAGGUCAAUGGCUCGGACCCAGUGGGGGCUCCAGUAAGUGAUGCGGAAGCGAAGCCGGUACCAGAAGGCGGUCAUGCAAAAGAAAAAACUGGACAUCUCCUGGGAAAGAUUAACAACCUUAUCACGACCGAUAUCGAGGCGACCUCGAGGUCUCCCUUCUUUGUUUCUCUUCCUGGCACAGUUAUACAGCUAGUAAUUUCUAUUAUAUUCCUGUAUGACUUGCUAGGAUGGAGCUCCUUUGUUGGCCUUGCUGUAAUGGUGAUUUGUUUUCCCAUUCCCUUUUAUGCCGGGCAACGCAUGGCGAAGAUACAAAAAAGUAAAAUGGCCGCUACCGACAAACGUGUUCAAUAUGUCACUGAAGCGAUGGGUAUUCUUAGGAUGAUCAAGCUUUUCGGAUGGGAAUCGUAUAUGCUUAAGCAGCUGAGUCAUCGACGUGAAGAGGAAUUGUCAAAAAUUAUGAUGGUCCGGGUACUCGAGGCACUAAUGAACGUCACAAGCUCUAUGCUCCCACUUCUUUCCAAACUAGUUGUGAUUUCGAUUUACACUCUGGUCUCGAAAGGAGAACUCAAGGCAUCAACUAUCUUUGCCGCGUUGAUGGUCUUCAGUAUGAUGGAAGAGCAACUACACCAAUUUAUGUUCGUAUUCCCUGAGAUACUCCGCGCGAAAGUGUCGUAUGAUCCUUUCAACGAGUUUUUAAAUUCGACUGAGCUUCUGUCUGAGGGAAAUGCUCACGAACACCAAUCAGAGGACAAUGAGCAAACACAUGCACUUGUUCCUGAACAGCCUGCGCAUGACGUUGUGGGCUUCAAGCAAUGUUCAUUCUCGUGGGAUCCAUUUGACAACAAUGAACCAACGGUGCCCUCCUCCAAUCACCAAGCGCGAAGGCGAUUUGUCCUCCGAUUUGAUGACGAGGUGAUAUUUAAGCACGGAGAGAUUAAUCUUAUCGUCGGACUGACUGCAUCUGGAAAGACAUCUGUCCUUAUGGCACUCCUUGGAGAGAUGUAUUACAAGCCACACGGGAUUGGAUCUUGGUAUAAUUUGCCUCGGGAUGGUGGAGUUGCAUAUGCGCCUCAGGAAUCAUGGGUGCUAAACGAAACGAUUAGGGAUAAUAUCCUAUUCGGCGAACCGUACGAAGAAGGCCGUUACAAGCAAGUGUUGAAGCAAUGCGCCCUGGAGAGAGAUCUAGAAUUAUGGAAAGCUGGAGAUCUUACUGAAGCGCGAGUCACUCUCGCACGUGCUCUAUACUCUUCUGCGUCUAUAAUACUUCUGGAUGACGUCUUAGCUGCCCUAGAUGUCCAUACUGCAAAAUCGAUUGUCGAAAAUGCGCUGCAGGGUGAUCUAGUACAAGGCCGCACAGUUUUGCUUGUCACCCAUAAUAUUGCCCUUGCUGCUCCCGUAGCUGCAUACGUCGUUGCUCUAGGUGGCCAUGGGACAAUAUCUGCUCAGGGGCCUGUAGCUGAAGUACUGAAGAGGAACUCGCGACUUCGCGCUCAAGUCGAGAGUGCACCAAAGGAAAUUGUGGAAGACAUCGACAGCAAGCUGAACGAGCGCACCAACGACAAGGAUGCGAAUAUAGAUGAUAAGAAGGCCGCAGGGAAAUUAGUUGUUGCAGAAGAAAAGCAGAUGGGAAGGGUGGCACUGGCAGCUAUUAUGUUAUACCUGACAAGUGUCGGAGGCCCGUUCGUUUGGAUGCUGAUACUUGGUUCAAGGGUAUUUGAGACGUUGGUCUAUAUCGGUUCGCCUUGGUUUAUGGGAUAUUGGUCCAACCAAUAUACGACGCGUCCUCCAGACGAAGUGCCGGUGUUGAGGUAUUUGUGCAUUUUCGCGCUUAUAAAUGUGACACAGUUUUUUGCCGAGCUUGUGUCGCAAGUAUAUUGGAUUUUUAGGUCCGUGCGGGCUGCAAGAAUCAUUCACUCGCACCUCUUGCAGAGCAUCUUCACGUCCACCUUCUGUUGGUUGGAUCUUACGCCCGUUGGCCGCAUCGUUACGAGAUGCACACAGGAUACAAGUACCAUUGACACAACACUGGGGCACAUGAUGAGCCCAUUCCUGGCUGUCAGUAUAACCCUUAUCGGCCUUUUUAUUUCGUCGAUCGUUAUGGCGGGCUGGUAUGCUUUCGUUUCCGGACUCACUAUCACUAUCUUGGGAGGAUCAUUGGGUUUGGUUUACCUGAAAUGCCAGAUGUGCAUCAGGCGAGAGAUGAGUAAUGCCAAAGCGCCUGUCAUGAGUCAAGUUGGGGCAGCAUUAGCGGGUCUACCGUCUAUCAGGGCUUACAACGCCCAAAAGAUUUUUGACACGGAACUCCGGAAGCGCAUUGACAUCUAUGCUCGGACUGCCCGAUGGGUUUCUAUCCGGAUGGACGGUCUAGGAGCGAUCUUCGCGGGUUCUGUAGCUGCGUACCUCGUCUAUGGGGAGCAUGUAGAAGCAGGAUAUGCUGGUUUCACGCUAUCCGUUGUCCUGCAAUUUUCACGACUCAUCUUGUCUUGGGUCAGGCUCCUGGAGCGGAUGCUUGAGUUUAUGCGUAUUAACCACGAACCAGAACCAAGCGAAAGUGGGAAACCACCUGCAUAUUGGCCGUCUAGCGGGGCGUUGCGUGUCGAAAACCUCUCGGCAAAAUAUUCUGAUGAUGCUCCAACAAUUUUACGGAACAUCUCAUUUAAAAUAGAACCUGGAGAACGGGUUGGAAUAGUGGGCCGGACCGGAGCAGGCAAAUCAAGCAUGGCCUUAGCUCUGCUCCGAGCAAUCAAGACCGAAGGAAAGGUUUACUAUGACGGAAUAGCAACGGAUGAAAUCAAUCUCGAUACUCUACGUUCCAACAUUACGUUGAUCCCUCAGCAGCCUGAGCUCAUCCACGGAACGCUGCGCGAAAACCUUGAUCCCUUCAAUCAGUACGACGAUGCGGUACUUAACGACGCGUUGAUAGCUGCUGGACUUUUCAACAUCAAGGAUGGAACUCAGGCAAGCGGUUCCCAGACUGUUCAAUCCGCCUCAGAUGUAGGGCGACCAGCAAAGAUCGGGCUGGACACAAUGGUAGAGAGUGAUGGAACAAAUUUCUCCCUCGGCCAGCGUCAGAUCAUUGCUCUCGCACGAGCCAUCGUUCGAAAGAGCAAACUAUUGAUCCUCGAUGAAGCAACGGCCGCCAUUGAUUAUGACACGGACGCCGCAAUUCAAAAAACCCUACGCACUGAGUUCAGCAGCGAUACAACUCUACUUACAAUUGCGCAUCGUCUACAGACAAUCAUUGACUAUGAUAAAGUUAUGGUAUUAGACGCGGGUGAGCUUGUCGAAUUCGAUAGCCCAAGUAACUUGCUGCGGAAAGAAAGAGGUGUAUUCCGAGUCUUAGUAGAAGAAAGCGACGAUCGUGAUCUCCUGCGCAGACUUGCUGGUGAACAGUAG